UGGCAGCCAAAAACAUGGCAGAGUUUACUGUUCGAAUAUCAUCUGAAGCUUUACAGGUGCAUGGCAUUGGAAACACUCGGAAGAAGGGUGGUAUGAAGGUGCAACAGAGCAAGAAAACAGGACAGCAGAUGGCCAGGAAACCACAAGGAUGUCACCGAUGUGGCGGAAACCAUGACUCGAAGGAAUUUCGUUUUAAGAAGGCCAAAUGUUUUGCGUGUCAGAAGGUCCGGCAUGUGAAGAGCAUGUGCCGGGACAAGUCACUAGAGACUCAGUAUGUGGAGGAAGAAGAUUCCGCGGAGGAGGUUGGGAUCUCUUACCUACAGAGCAGCACAACAGACAAGGGGAAGCAAGACAAGGAGGAAUCGGGUGGAAUACACACCAUUGGUCAGUUUACUCCAAAGUAUACGGUGCAAGUCCAGAUAGCAGGACAGCCCAUGAAGAUGGAGCUGGACACAAGGGCAGUCGUAUCCGUCAUAUCAGAGGAGUGGUAUCAGAGACACUUGUGUCAGUAUCCACUAAAGAAGACAAACAUGAGGCUGAAAGACUAUCAAGGAAACAGUCUAAAAGUGAAAGGUGUGGUCUGGGCACCAGUGAAAUAUGAGAAGGACAACCAAACCUUACCUAUAGUGGUUGUAGCAGUCAACAGGCCUGCACUGCUUGGAAGGAACUAGUUGGAGAAAUAAAAUUGGAUUGGGCUAAUAUAUUCCAAUUGACCGAGGGGUCAAAGAAGUUAUUUCACAAACAGGUGGACAUACUGCUUCAGAAACACAAGGCAGUGUUUGAAGAGGGAUAUGGAUCAAUAAAGGGAUUCAAAGCCACUGUGCACUUGAAGCCAACGGCUAGACCCGUGUUCAAGAAAGCCCGCCCAGCUGCAUUCGCUCUCAGGAGAGCGAUAUCAGCGGAACUGGACAGAUUAGAAGCUCACGGCAUUGUGACUAAAGUGGAUCGUUCAGAUUGGGCCACACCUACCGUAAAUAUACCCAAGUCAGACGGAAGUGUACGGAUAUGUGGAGACUAUAGAGUCACAGUUAGCUCACUGGUUGAUGUUGACCAUUAUCCGUUGCCUACGGCUGAGGUCAUCUUUGCAACAUUGGCUGGGGGUCGACAGUUUAGUAAACUGGAUCUUUCCCAUGCAUACAGUCAGUUGGAGUUGGAUGAUCAGUCGAGGGACUUCCUAACAAUCAACACAUAUCAA